GAAAUUAAAAUAUUCAAUCACAGAAAUAAAAUGAAAACAAAUCCAAAAGCUAUAAUAACCUCUCUCGGUCGCUAUUUAUAGCUAAGCCACACAAGCUUCUCUCUCACCACAGACAAACAAAAAAAGGUUUGGUUUCCAAAAGCUAAAAAGCUUCCAUCUACAUUAGAGUCUCUCAUUUAGGCAUUUUCACACAAUCACACACCAAACCAAAAAAAAUGAUAGCUUACAUAGAACCAUACUUCUUGGAUAACGACGCCGAGGCUGUCUCCUCCGCCGUCACCUCCUCCGCUAUUUCUACUGAUGGCUUCUCUGAGUCACUUGAUGACAUCCAAGGAGAAAUCUUGUGCGGUGGCGCUGCCGCCGAUAUCGCCGCGAGGGAUUUCGGCGGCAUGAACUGUGUUAAGCCACUUGCCGUGGUGAGACCGGUUGGACCGGAGGAUAUCGCCGGAGCUGUGAGAGCUGCUCUGAGGUCGGAUAGACUCACGGUGGCUGCUCGUGGAAACGGCCAUUCAAUCAACGGCCAAGCCAUGGCGGAAGGAGGGCUCGUCGUCGAUAUGAGUUCCACGGCUGAGAAUCAUUUCGAGGUUGGUUUUUCAUCCGACGGUGGUGACGCGGCGUUCGUGGACGUCUCCGGAGGGGCAAUAUGGGAAAAUGUGUUGAAACGGUGCGUUUCGGAGUACGGUUUGGCUCCGAGGUCGUGGACUGAUUACCUUGGGCUAACGGUGGGUGGGACGUUAUCCAAUGCCGGCGUUAGUGGACAAGCGUUCCGUUACGGACCACAGACUUCAAAUGUAACGGAGCUAGACGUCGUGACGGGAAACGGAGACGUCGUUACUUGCUCGGAGGUUGAGAAUUCUGAGCUCUUCUUCUCUGUUCUAGGUGGUCUUGGCCAGUUUGGUAUCAUCACCAGAGCUAGGGUUUUGCUACAGCCAGCUCCUGAUAUGGUGAGAUGGAUAAGAGUAGUAUACGCCGAGUUCGACGAUUUCACCCGGGACGCCGAGUGGCUAGUGAGUCAGAAGGACGAGUCAUCAUCGUUCGAUUACGUGGAAGGGUUCGUGUUCGUCAACGGUGAUGACCCGGUCAACGGAUGGCCUACGGUUCCACUACACCCGGAUCACUAUUUUGACCCGACCAGGCUCCCACAAUCAUCCGGGUCGGUUCUUUACUGCCUCGAACUCGGUCUUCACUACAGAGACUCCGAUUCCAACUCAACCGUCGACAAGAGGGUGGAGAGAUUGAUCGGACGGCUAAAAUUUAACGAAGGAUUAAGGUUCGAGGUAGAUCUGUCGUACGUUGACUUUCUACUUCGGGUCAAAAGGUCCGAGGAGAUAGCGAAGGAGAUCGGCACGUGGGAAACGCCGCACCCGUGGCUCAACCUCUUCGUGUCGAAGCGAGACAUCGGAGAGUUCAACCGGACGGUGUUCAAAGAACUUGUCAAGAACGGUGUCAAUGGACCAAUGCUGGUGUACCCACUCUUGCGAAGCAGGUGGGAUGAACGGACGUCGGUGGAAGUGCCGGAAGGAGAGAUAUUUUACAUAGUGGCAUUGCUUAGGUUUGUGCCGCCGUGUGCAAAAGCAUCAUCGGUUGAGAAAAUGGUAGCUCAAAACCAAGAGAUCGUUCAUUGGUGUGUGAAGAAUGGGAUAGAUUUCAAAUUGUAUCUUCCUCAUUACAAGUCCCAAGAGGAAUGGAUUCGCCAUUUUGGUAACAGGUGGUCGAGGUUCGUUGAUAGGAAAGCUAUGUUCGAUCCUAUGGCUAUCCUUUCACCUGGUCAAAAGAUUUUCAAUAGGUCUCCUUGACCCCCUCCCCCAUAUUGUUUUCUUUCCUUUUCUUAUUUUUUUUUUACUUUUGUAUCUUGA